AUGCACGUGCAUUUGUAUCUGAGCCACGCACCCUCACUCUUUAAGUUAUUGUUGCAACGCUAUCUUCCGUUUAUAAACCUAUCUUCCUCACCGGUUGCCAAGUCCACUUCGCAUCCCAUCUCAUCCGUGCUCCCAUCGUCUCGCAACCCCACGGCCACCAUGGCCCCCUUCUUCUUCAUGAAGCUCCACACCGUCUUCGACGUCUCUACCGCCCUCGCCACUCUCCACCACCCCUUGCAUCAGGCCGUCGAAGCGGCCAACUCUCUUCUCUCGCACCGCCAGCACCGAGCCCUCUCCGAACUUGUCGCUCUCUACAGCUCACAUAGAUUGCAGCCCCGCCUGCAAAGCCUGGCCUGCGACCUGAGUCGUCAGACUCCAGCCUCGCUUUCAUCUGCCGACAGGACCCGCCUGGAGGAACUUCAGAAGCACUAUAGUCUCAACUUCUUCACUCCCGCCAACGCCCUCCAGAACGCUCUCGCAGUCGUCGAGUCGAGUGCGGAAGAGGAAGAGAAGGACAAAGCCGUGAGGAAGUUGCUGGAGGAGAUCGACGACUUUCGCAAGACUGCCGAGAGAGCAUGCCAAAUCGUCAAUGAUAUCAAGGAUGUGCUACGCAAGUACCUAUCCAAUGAAAGUAUUUGUGGGCCAAGCCACUCGAAGAGGAGCGUGUCAGAUUUGAACUGUGAGAUGUCAGUCGGAUCAACAAAUUUGUCGCUGGCCCCGCCUGGAAUCUUGAGAAACCGAAACGAUGGGUACUUGCAACCGCGGUUGUCGGAUGAUAGAAGUGGUGGGCGCCAUCGGAAAAAGUCAGUCUCGUUCGAAGCUGAGAAACCCAAGCCCAAGCCGAAGCCCAAGCCCAAGCCCACGAUUCAUGAAGAGGGCGGAAGGCCGAGCAAGACUCUUGAAAGUGAGCACCACCACAAGGCCAGGGCCCGCAACGAUGUAAAGCAAAAGGCCUGUAGAUCCAAUCGCCAUCAAGAGCAGCCUGAUCGGCAUGCUGAGAAGAGUGUCGAAAAGAGGGAGAGCUUGCGAAAAAGCCCCGAGUUCACUGUGUUUAUCAGUCAUUGUGGUGAGGACAAGCAAAAAAUGGCCAUCCCGCUGCAUAAGAAGUUGACAGAAUUGAGCAUUUCCAGUUUUGUGGACCACUUGUCGAUGAAGGCAGGCCGAAACGGCCAUGAAGCAAUGAAUCAUGCUAUGAACGUAGCACAGAUCGGAGUGUUCAUCGUCUCGCCUGAGUGCGUUCCGCGAGAAUGGCCUAUCAAGGAGUUGUCUUGUUUUCUCAAAAGGUUGGAAGAAGCGAAAAAGAAUAACACGAAAAAACCGAUUCUUAUACCGCUCUACUACCGGAUGAAUGUUGAGGAAUCGAAGCACAGGCUGUUCGGGAUGCCCAGCUGUCAUGGCGGAGGUACAGCCUGCCGACUUGAGGGUUUCCGCAAAAGAGUCGAACGGGGAGAGGCGUCGUAUGCGGAUGUCAGAAAGUGCUUCCAGGACCUUGCCAAAACCACUGGUAUCGAGUAUACUGCUAUCGAGAACAAGCUGGCUUCCCCCAACGCCAAUACGCCAGAAGCGCAACAAAACCGUGACAAAUUACUGAAAGACGUUGUCAAAGCCAUUGUUUCACACAUGAGCGUUUGAUAUGGCAGCAGUGCUGGUUUGCAAUGUUUUACAUCCGUCUCACUCUUUGGAAUGAUCUAGGCAACGUAAUCAGAAGAUAGUCUGGGGCGGAUGCUACUCCUUGCAAUGAGCUCUGCGGCUAAGAAUAUAUUCCGUUUGUGUCUAUACAUUGAUAGCUCAAUUCUAACCAGAGAUCAAUAAACGCAUCUUGUACUUAUCAUCUGAGAAUCUGUAAGAAUCUGUGAGGUUCGCACCCCAUAGGAUAUUUCAUAGUUUAUAAUCUUGAGUGAUUUAGGUCUGAGAGCUGCAUAAAAGAGCCCUGCCAAUAUUUUGUAGU